CCGGGCCCCCGUUUCCUGUUGGUCUGCCACUGGCCCAUGGUUGCCUGGAUGGUAGAGAUGUUUGUGGUCCAAUUGGGCCUCCGAACGGUCUCUAUCACGGCCUCGAAAUCCGCCGAGGAGCGCGCAGCAGCCGUGGCCGAGUUUACCAGUCCUCGGUCUGGCUGUGAGGUCCUGAUCACCACUUAUGAUUGGGGUGCUACGGGCCUGAACCUUCACGGAAACUACCACAUCGUCGUGUUGAUCGAGAAUGCACUCAAUUACAAUCUCGAAACUCAGGCGAUUGGACGAGUCCAUCGGAUCGGGCAAGCAAAGCCACAGCGGGCGAACCGGCUAUUCCAAGAGCACACAAUCUGCCGUUAUCUUCAUUAUAACAAUUUUAAUAAGAUAAGGCCACAGAUCGCUGCUCAGUACCGGGAUGCCUUUGAGGAAGAGGUAGAGAGAUCGUCUGGCCUCAACAGCCAGGACCCUGAUGCAAAGUUCCGACAUAUCCAUAAAGUCUGUGAAGACAAGCUUCGUGGAUUGAUGGGCUUGCAGAAGAAUUUCCCGGGCUUCCUGUUGAUGGCAGACAAGAAAGAUCUCAAUCUGGAUUCGGAGAGCAUUUCAAAGCGCAAUGCAGACCCAGGUCGAGUGAGUAAGCCUGCUGCUGCUGCCGCUCCUGCUGGUGCUCCUGCCGAUCCUGCUCCUGCUGUCCCUGCCGCUCCUUGUCCUGCUGCCGCCGCUGCCUCCGCUUCUGCCCCCAAGAAGCGUAAAGCUGGCGAGGUUGAAGCUCGUCCAGUGAAACGCCUAAAGGCAAACACCACGAAACCAGCAGAAGGUAACAAAGUGGCGCAGAUUACAGGACAGGUAGCUCAAGGUAGGAAGCCUCAGUCAUCUUCCCGACUUUUUGCUUCGAGGCCUGCGCCAAAGACUCCGGAGGAUACCCCCGAGCAGAGUUCUCGUGUGUUCCAAAGGUUGCGCCUCAAAGUUGGGCCCCCUCCCGAGGAGGCUCACGAGGAGGCUCCCAAGAAGACUCCCGCGCUAAUCGCUGCUUUCGCUGUGAUACCUGGUGAAGUUCCCCGGGCCAGGUUAGCUGAUUAUGUUAGCCAGACCGCUAGGGAGCUUUCGAAGGACACUGGGCUUCGUUCAAGCAAAGAAGAGGGAGAUUCUGGAGAAUACGAGGUAGAUGAGUCCGAGGAUGAGUCCGAUGGGUACCAGACGGAGGAAUUUUCAUCUCGACAGGGACAUCCAUAAUCGUUCCGUAGGUUAAGUUAGUAAAAAGGUAUUAAAAGAGGUAACAAAAGAGCUAUUAAAAAAGGGGUUAAAAGAUAUGUUAAAAGAUAUGUCAAAAGAGGUAUCAAAAGAGGUA